GUGAGUUUAUUAGCUUAAUGCUUUCCUUUGGAAAAUACAAAGCUCAUACUUCAAUAAAUAUUAAUAUUGUAAAUUGUCCUUAAAUUUUUUUGUGAUUGUAAUGAAAAUUUGAAAGCAGAAUAGUUUUCGUUAUAAAUUAGUUUGCAUGAUGAAUAUAUACUUUGGGCGUUAUAGUAAAAAAAUAUUAUUUGGUAGAACCUUUUGUACAACAAGUCAAGCUGUAAAAAACGAAGAAAUAACAGUAUUAGGUAACAGAUUUCCAAAAGAUAACUGGACAAAUAUCGGUGAAAACAUUUUUUCCAAAUUGGGAAGAAAUUUACACAUUUCUCCAUAUCAUCCUUUAUCUCAUAUUCGUCAACGUAUUAUUAAAUAUUUUCAUACGCAAUUUUAUAACCGUAUCGGAAAUCCUAUAUUUAGUGUAUAUGAUAAUCUACCUCCUAUAGUUACAGUAACUCAAAAUUUUGAUUCCCUUCUUGUACCAAAAGAUCAUCCGUCUAGAAAACAAAAUGAUUGUUAUUAUGUCAAUCAAAAUAUUAUGCUCAGAUCUCAUACAACAGCUCAUCAGUCAGAGUUGAUUUCAAUGGGUUUGAACAAUUUCAUUGUAGUAGGAGAUGUUUAUCGUAGAGAUGAAAUAGAUUCUACGCAUUAUCCUGUUUUCCAUCAAGUAGAUGGUGUCAGAUUAUGUACAGCAGAGGAGGUGUUUCAAAAUGUGAAUGAUUCUGAUGAGUUAAGGAUAUUUGAACAUAGAGGUAUAGAAACUGAUGAAAAACAAGCGUGUCAUACUUUGGAAUCUGUAAAACUAAUGGAACAUGAAUUAAAAAAUACUUUAAUGGGUUUAGCACAAAUGCUCUUUGAAUCAGAAAUUCAAUGCAAAUGGGUUCAACAAUAUUUUCCUUUCACUCAUCCUUCAUGGGAACUAGAAGUCUUCUAUAGAGAUCAGUGGAUUGAAGUAUUGGGAUGUGGUAUUAUGCGUCAGGAGAUUUUACAAAAUUCGGGUGCAGGAGAACGCAUUGGAUGGGCAUUUGGAUUGGGAUUAGAAAGACUAGCUAUGUGUUUAUACGAUAUCCCAAAUAUUAGAUUGUUUUGGAGUAAAGACACUGGUUUCUUAAAUCAAUUCAAAUUUGAAGAUCCUAAUACGAAACUAAAAUAUAAGGCAAUUAGCAUUUAUCCCCAGUGUAAAAAUGAUAUAAGUUUUUGGUUGCCUGAAGAUAAAAGUUAUUCGUUGAACGAUUUUUACGAUAUAGUAAGAGAUAUUGGUGGUGAUAGAGUAGAACAAGUUAUAUUAAAAGAUGAAUUCACUCACCCCAAAACCAAGAAAUUGUCACACUGCUACACUAUAGUAUACAGACAUAUGGAACGUACAUUAUCAAAACGAGAAGUACAGAAUAUUCACGAUCAAAUAGCAAAACUUGCAGCUGAGAAAUUACACGUUACAGUUAGAUAAAUAAAAAAAUUAAUUUAUUAAAGAAGUAAA